CUUCGGAGCAGCAUCCUGGUCACUCCACUGACGUCACGCCAUUUUCCAUCGACCACGAAGGGGCAUAAAUUAGCGGGACGAGCAUCGAUAAUCUGCGCUUCGAUCUACAUCUAAAACGAUAAAAUCAUGCAUCGUGACUGUCCCCUUGACUGUAAGGUCUACGUUGGAAAUUUGGGCAACAAUGGAAACAAGACAGAGUUAGAGAGGGCAUUUGGCUACUAUGGUCCUCUCAGAAGUGUUUGGGUGGCCAGAAACCCCCCAGGCUUUGCCUUUGUGGAGUUUGAAGAUCCCAGAGAUGCAACUGAUGCUGUACGGGAGCUCGAUGGGAGAACAUUGUGUGGCUGCCGAGUGCGAGUGGAGUUAUCUACUGGUGAGAAGCGUAGCCGCACCCGUGGCGCUCCCCCUUCGUGGAGCAGGCGUCCUAGAGACCGAGAUGACUACAGGCGCCGUAGCCCACCCCCCAGACGCAGAUCCCCACGCAGGAGGAGCUUCAGCCGCAGCCGUAGCAGGUCUUUCUCCAGAGACAGGAGGAGAGAGAGGUCCCUCUCCCGGGACAGGAACCACAAACCUUCGAGGUCGUUUUCUCGAUCAAGGAGCCGCUCCAGGUCUAAUGGCAGAAGAUAAAAGGUCUGUCAGGUGUAAAGGGAGAUGAAGAUGAACGGUUUUACAGGCUUUGCCGUUUCAUAUGAUGGACUUCAUUGUGACCUUGUGGUCACUUGUUUUUGUUUUUUUGUUUUCCCCAUCUUUUUUAAAACAAUCAAGCAUUUUAGUGUCUCGCCCUUUUUCUUAUUGUGGUAACUUUCAAAUACAUUGACUGGGCGUGUGCAGGUGUAAUGCCUCACCUGUGCCACGUCUCUCUUGUUGGUCCUGAAACGGUAGUGACACCCAGCAUUCCAGUUCAGCAGUUAAUCUCUUUGAAUUUUUUUUUUGUUUUUGAAGAAUGUACUGUGUAGACAUCGUGUGAGUAGUUUGUGAUUUUUCACUGUGUAAAUGUCAGCUUUUUUUUUUUUUUUUUUUAAAGAGAUGUGAUAAAACCCUUUUUGUUUGUAAGCCAACCAUUUUUGACUUGCUACACUCUUCAUAAUGAAGGUUUCCAUCUGUAUGUGGUUGGCUGUUUUAAAAAAAAGAAACAGCCCAUUCAAAUGCAAGUCUAUCCCAUUGAUUCAAAAUGGGUUUAAGGAGCAGAGGUCAGGUUUGUGUCUGAAGUUUUCCAUUUUUCUUUUGUUUGAUACUAUGUGAAGUUGUCACAAUUAAAAAAAAAAUACUGGUUGGUU